GAAAUGCGGAGACACCGUCGCUUCUCAGUCAUGGUGUCCCGUGCUGCCGGUCCGCUUCGACGGUAUUGCGGCAUUCGAUGACGCAGCUUUGACAUUGCCCUCUUCCGCUUUUCUUCAAGUAGACAUCCGGUUGACUCGCGCGCGCGCGCGCGCUCGCGCGAGCACGAAAGUCGGUGCUUUUUACUUACUUCCUCUCCGCAUCUUUAAAUGUCGCGAUAUCGCGUUUCUCUCUCCUCAAAGAGUUUCUCAAAUUUCUCAAGUGUGUAUAUCUCGUCUCCAGCUUUGGAUUAAGAGGAUAUCCCCAUCCGAUUUUGGUUUCUCAUCGUUGCGUCGAGAAAUAUCUUUACCAAGCGAACGACAGUGGGUAACUGCAAUGUAUGUAAAUGAGCGACUUUUGUUCGAGAAAUAAGGGAACGUUUCGGCUCGGCGAGCGUCGUGACUGCUGCAAGACGACGAAAAGGAAACCGUGGAGGAACGCUUGUCACAAGGUUGCACCGUACUUGGUGAAGCAUCGGCACGACCAUGAUUUUGCGAACCUGUUUUUGCCUGAGUUUCUUCACGGUAGGAUCUAUAUGGAGUAUAGUUUUCUUAAAUAAACCCUUGCGAUGUAAACCCUUGUAAACCCGCACGUGCAGAAUUAGUAAUUAAAAUCAAAACGAAUCCGAUAAUCCGGAAUUGAAAUUCGUGGAGAUGCAUAGAGACGAUAGUGUUAUUGACUAUUCCGUAAAUACUCAUAAAAGAAAAAUACAAGUGUUUAGUUAGAUGAUAUUGAUAGUGAAAUCCUUUUUGUAACUGAAAAGUUCGUUUCGUUGUUACAAUAAUGUACGUUCAAAUUCGAGGAAAAAGUAAAAAUAAAGCAACUAGUUUACGAUCGUAAAAACACAUGCUCUACCGUCAUGCGCAACGUGACAUGACGAAAGGCAUUGAUAAAACAUGAUGAUCGGAGGAUGUACUUGUGAAGAAGGCACCGGUUCUAUUUCUACUGUGGGAGAAGAGUUCGAUGCACGAGCGCGCGUAGCGUGAAGAUCGCGUGAAUAAAAGUAUAACACACGGAGGAGGACAUUAUUUUCUGGUCGUGACCACUCGAUUACUCGAUUACUCGAUUACUCGAUUACUCGAUACGGUAUACGAGUUAAAAUACACGUCGUAAAUAAUGAUAUAACCUUAUUAAUGUAAAUUUAACAAAUGGAAUCGGCCCCGUUUCUAUAUCUGUUUCCAAAGCGCGAUGUUAUUACACAUUUAUACUGUAGCUAAUUUUAUCUUUUAUAAUUAAUAAAUAUAUCACUCGUUUAAUAUAACACGUAUUUGAAUGCAACAGCUACCGCAUAUUCAUUGCCAAAUACGUGGCGAGAAAAUUUACGGAAAAUUACGAGAUAAUUUACGAACUGUAAAUUACCAACCUAGGAGAGCUAUCGAGUUUUAUGAGAAUAAAACGGGAUAACAACUAUCGUAUUUUUCAUUGUACAAUAAGGUAAACGUCCUAGUAAUUGAACAUGUACCAAUGAUUGAAUAAUUAAUAAUAUGUUUGUGUUUAUUACGAUAUGCGUAUCAAUAAAUGAGACAAAAUUAUAUAUUUAAUAGAAAAUCUGACAUUUCUUUUUAUGAAAGUAAAUUAUAAAAAGAUAUAAUUUGACUGUAACUCUCCGAAAACAUUAUUCAUUUUGAAUAUUACAAGGACAGUCACAUUUUUAUUUAAUUUCUUACCAUCUUGAAUAAGAUGUAGUUUCUAUAGUUUCGAAUUAUUUUUGAAAAUUUUACACUACUUACAUUAUAUAACAUAUAUUGCUUUCUGUAGGUUUGAACGACCAAAUAAUAUAUUUAAAAAUAUUAUUCUAUUCAAACGUUUCUUUUUAAUUAUAAAUAAAUUAAUAUUCAAUUAGGUACUAGUACAGUCAAAAUGAUAAUGAUCUAUUGAUUGAACAUAUGUUCAAUCGAACAUGUACAGAAGUAUUUACAUUCAUGUCCGAUUGAUGGAACGAAUAUUUAUUUUGCUAAAAAUGUAAUAGAUUGUAGAUAAUUUAAAGACACGAAGAGUGAGAAUUCUUACUUUUUAAUCAAAGUAAUUUAAAUAAAGUUAUUACAAAUAUAUUUUUAAGUAUAUUAAGAAAAUCACAGCGACAGCGUGGAGAUAAAUAAUUACUCUAAAACAUAACAUAAAAAAAUGAUGUAAAGAAACGCAAUGUAAAGAAAAAAGUUUCAUAUAAACGUUAGUCUUCUUAGUACUUCCAUUAAUUAUAAUUUAUUAAUAAAAAUGUAAAUUUGAUCGUGCUUUCUUAUUAGUUCAAUUAUUGGGACAUUUACCUUAACAUAGAAUCGAUGAUAAAAAAAAACAAGGGGAUAUUUAAAAUAUCGACAUUUGAAAAGAAUCAAAAGAUCGAUUCUUGUGGCGUAGAUAGAUGCAAAAUGUCGAGGGAGAUUUGCGUAAAGGUAAUUAAUAUCGCGCACUCCGAAUAUCAAUUAAUGCGCGUUCGUGCGAAGGCCGCGAAGCGCGUUCGUGCAACAUUGACGUCCGUCGAAUAUCAAGCGUGACCGUAAACGAGAUCGCGCAUUACGCGAUCUACGAUUGUGAUCCGUGAUAUUAUACAAUGGUGUACGGAGAUGCGAUGGGACCGCGCCAGAUCGCCAGAACAAGAUUAUACUACCGACGAUGACGCUGUCGCGCCUUCGCAAACUCUACGCACGUGUGAUGCAGCCUCAGAGAUUCCGAAUUACACUUUAUAAUUGGUCUAAUUGAAUGAGUCGGGCGAUAAAAAUGUGUCACGGUUGAUUUUUAAUUAACUCGAACGAAUCUCGAAAGUCAUCAAUCUAAUUAUACUCCAUCGAUGUCGCCAAUUUCUCCAAUGUGACUAAUUAUAAUUCUAGAUUACAUUACGUGAUUAAGCACGUGAGAACGAUCCACGUGAAGCGUGGAUGUUUCUAAUGAGAGAGGAGAUAGCGCGCGCGAGAGGAUGCAGAACGGCGGAAGCGAGCGAAAGGAGCUCCCGUGCAAAGGUUUCAGCUCUGUGCCUGACUGCGGACGAAAUAGAGGCCCAGAGAAGCGGCUGGAACCUAAAUCCUAAUACACAGUAUCACAUUCAGACUGAUGAAGGUCCGGAGAGAUACUUUCGUUUUCAAACGGCAAAUGGCCAAUAUAGAAAGGAGAAGAGAUUAGCCGACGGUACGGUGAUUGGCACCGAAGGUUGGUUGGAUCCUCUUGGAUAUUUGCGGCUAAAGGAUUACAUCGCUGAUCACGAGGGAUUUCGGAUACUACGAUCAAAGAUGGUUUAUGUUGGUAAGAAUCGACCUAUUCAGGACGCGGUGGCAGAAACGAAGAAGAUUCCGGCGCAAACUGGAAUCUUAGCGAGGCCGAGAAGGCCACCGAAUCCCUUCAGACGGCCAAGUUCUGCUGUCGUGCCGUUAUCCGAUAAUGAAAUCACUUCCGGGUAUUAUACCCCGACGACUAUCAGACCACGACUGAAUUAUUCACCGAUUUCAAGCAACGAUUAUUACUCGAAUCGACCAGGCUACUCUUCAGCAGGAUUGCAAAGUUUAAACAACUAUCGCCGUCCUCAGGCGACUUACUACCGUGGAUCUGUAGCUGGUCAUCGGUCUCCGACUCGUAUCCUCGAAACUCCCUACGAUUCUACGAUCGGAGGAUCGUCCGUUAAGCCCAAUUACCUAUCUCCGAUUUCUCGAAGCGAUUCGACCGAUUUCCCACCUUACGAUGGCAUUCACACUACGGCAAACGGUUUUCAGUACUAUCUGAGAAAGCAUUACCACGAGGAAGAACGAGGAUCCGAUGGUAAUAAUGUAGGCUCAUUCGGCUACAUCGACCCAUUCGGUAUCAGACGAGUGAUUUAUUACAAAACGGAUCCGCUUACUGGCGGAUUCCUCCACAAGAAGAACAAUCGAUACGUCGGCUUCAAUGCAACGCCAUACGAUCCGCUUCCGCCCGAUCUGACCAGGAUACGCGCCUCGAGAGCCUCACGGACGAUCGCCUCGUAACAGUUCCCUUCCGUUUGUUCAUCCCUUGGCCACGUUCAUUACAGUGCCGUUUAUUUGCAAAGAGCACUUCAUCAUAUCCCAUAUCGCGUCGACGCUGAAUCUCCCCACGCUGAACGACCUCGGUUCGAUUCGAUGAUCUUGACAGCGAACAGCUCGUCGAAUCGAACUAUUGCCCGCUAUUAAUGUUCUCUUAAGCUUCUAAUUUCCGUUGGUUGCCGAUUUUUCGGCAGUGAUGGAAACGUGCAACGUUGAAACAAGAAAAGAAGAACGAUCAGCAGAACAAUUAGGUGAAUAGAAAUAUCAGUAUUCUGAUUAUUUCGAAUUUUUCUCGAAAUGAAGGAUACUUGAUAUUUCUCAAAGUGUCACGAUUGAUGAUUUCCUCUGAUUUACGACUCCGUUGUGUGUCGUGAAUGUUACUCCGCUGUCAGAGUAUCAUCCCCAAGAUAAUAGCAAUACGAGUGUUGCGAAGAAGAAAAACCGAAAAAAACGAGUGCGGUAGUAAAAAGAGAGUUCCAGGAUAAAAAAGAAUAAAAAGUAAACACAAUGAAGCAAGAUGAAUACAAUGACUCUCCGUCAUCGUGAACGGCUCGUGGCGGCUUGCGGAGUUGCGGCUUCCUGAUUCAUCGUUUUGCCUUUGUUCCGUAUUAUCGCGAGGAGAUGAUCGGAUAUCGCGAAGAGAUGACUAGAUGCCAUGUUGGACUGUACCUAGUUUUCAGGGAAGCGCGGUGGGACUUCCUUGAAGAAAAGAAAAUCAUAGAACGCGUCGGACAAUGUUCGCCAACUUUUCCAGUUGCGUCACUGAUCUAUGAAGCGUGCGAAGACCUCGCGGUCGCCAUUGUUUCGCACAUAAACUUGUUUCAGCAUACAGGCUACAUUUCCUCCGAAAUAGUUUAGCAGACAUUUAUUUUCAUCAAAGACGUAAUUAAAGCAUCGAAUUUAAUCGUUUAAGCGACAUCGAUUUAUAAAAUGAAAAUUAUGCAACUUUCUCUAUAUAAAAUGAUACAUAGAGAAUUAUUUUUUUCGCUAUUGGCGAAUAUUAAGCUACGACACGAGAGUCCCACCAUGAGAAUCAAAAUAGAAUGGCUGUCAUUUUGGCGUGAGCGGAUCCAACGUUACUCCCAUUGCGCUAUUUUGCUACGUGCUAUAUUUUUUUUAUGCGCUUUACCAGCGAAAUACGUCACGAUCGUAUGGGCUGAUGAUUUACGUCUGUAGAGUUACCAUCUAGUACCAAAUUGUAUCUUACACUCUUGAAUCUGCAAGGUAGCGAUACGCGUCUUGUUAUGUCCUGCAGAAUUAACUCUCGACGUAAGUUGGAUCCAAGAUGUUUAGUAGCUAAUGCUAUCGCCUCAGCUGAUGCUAAUGUAUAGUUUAAUAUCUAAUACACGUCCAAAUAUACUCUUUACGUACUUACUCGCAAACUACCGCCGGAGGAUAUUCGCUCGUGCCAAAUGACGAAGGAAUCGCGUAGCCUUAGUUAAUCAUUAAGUUAAAUCUUAUUAUGUCGCGACAAUAAUGCUGACUGUUAAGUAAAAACGGAUACGCCGCGCACUUUCCGUUCUUUUAUGACGAUGAGAACCGUGCCGCUCCACGCACGUAGGAUAUCUAUCGCAAUUUUCGAAUUAAAUGCAGUUUUUUUACAAGCGAUAUUAAUCUCUUAAUUAAUCAACAUAUUUGUUAAAGUUGAGGAUAUCUUUAAUUUAUUUUAUACAUGUGAUAAAUGCAAUAGCAAACGAACGUCAUACAUGUGAUAGCAGUUUACGAAGAUCAGACAAAUAAAAAUCCAUAUGAGAAAGAAAGAGAGAGAGAGAGAGAGAGGGAGAGAGACGCGUAUUUUUCGUAAACAAGAUUAUAAAAAUGAUUAUGAAAAUCCUUGAAGCUAAAAUAUCAAAUACCUUGCUUCGCUUCGAUAAUUUGUUGAUUACAUCAAACAACAGAGUGGUUAUAUACAUAUGUAUAUAUGUAUAUGACAAUUAUAUUUCACUCUGUAAAUUUAUGUAAAAUUUUAUUCUCUUGCUUUACACAUCAGCUGCUUUUACGUAAUUAUUUUUAAACGAUAUUAUCUACAAAAUGCUAUUAAAUGCUAUUAAGUAAAUAUUGUAUUGUAAUAUUUUUUCGAUUAAAAACUGCAAUGUUAUUCUGCGUGACAUAUACGUAUGGAUAUCGAAUGUGAAACAUUUCCACGACAUGACGUAGAUUGAUCAUGGAACGUUGUAGUAGCCAGCCAGCGUACCUACAUCUAGAAGAACUCGUUCAUCUGAUUAUUGUACCUCAUUCAGAAUUUCUCUGGCCUUGACGCGCUACCUCGUGAAAAGUUUCACCAGCUUGGAAUGUAGUGUACGUUGUGUGUGUACGUGUGUUCUCUUUCUCACCUCUCCGAACAUAAAGACUGACGCUCUUAUAAUUUUCUGUGUGUAUACGAGACUAACAAUAAAAACGCUUCGCUCCACGU